UGAAGCCGCAAACCUGUCAGUGGUUAUUACGCGCAGUCAUGCUCUCUUGAGCAUUUACUCCCUUCGACAGGGUGUGUUUUCGAGUUACAUUGAAUGAAAAACUGUGAGGCAUAGCGAUUAACUUAGCUAUAACAAUGUCGACCCUCUUUGAAGACGUAAAAAACAAAAUGAUUGCCAUUAAGGCAAAGACAGAAGAAGCUGUUGAAAGAGAGCAUGAUGCAUGUUCGGAGCUGAAAACAAAGGUUCAAGAGAUUGCUAGCAAGGAGGACGAAGCGGCGGGAUAUCAUAGACGCAUUCAGUUUCUGCGAAAGAAACUCGAAGACGCGCGGGCCGAGACAGACGAAAAGGAAAGUAGACUGAAAGAGCUGAAUGAUAAAGCAGAUGCGGAGGCUGUCAAGGGAAGGGAACUAACUUAUGCCGAAGUAGAAACUGAUGAACAGCUCCGAGAACUUGAACACCAGGUGCAAGAAGCCCAGUCCGCCGCCGAGACCGCUCAUAUGAGGUUGAACGAAGCCCAGAGAAAGCUAACUGUUAUCGAAAACGAACUGUCUCGCUCGGAAAUUCGCAAGGAUACGGCAGUGAAACGAGUCGAGGAAUUGGAACACAUGAUCCGUACUGCUGGAGAAAAUCUUCGCAAACUUGAACAAGAAGAUGUGCUUGCUAGUGAGAGAGAAACCGACAGCCAGCAAAAAAUUCAAAUUUUGGAAGAAGAGCUGAAAGUUCAGAUAGAGAAAUGCGAAGAGACUGAGAGAUUGGAAAGCACAAAAUUGCGCUUAAUUGACGAACUGACCACGGACAUUGAGUUCUGGAAUUCAAAGAAGCUGAAACUGUUGAAUGAAAUCGAUGCUAUGGAGAGUAUGGACUAGAACUUCUGACUUCUGACUCUAAGAUUGUUUUUGGUAAUUCGUGAGCAAGGGAGAAGCGUGGCUUCUAAUACUGGUUCUGUAAGUUUUGAACGGAAAUCAGAUAUGGAUUAUAAGAAAGUCAGUUUUGUUUUAAAAAGAAAAAAUUGGAAUUCUGUUGUUGCAUGUUGUUUAUAUUCAUCAGAGAACUUACAAAUUUUUUAACAGUACUAAGUGUGAGGAGCUAAAUACCGGUGUACACCAUGCUGUAUUUUAUGCAGGUCUAAACUUAGAAUUUAUGUCGUGGUGGCCACAUCUUUGUAAAGAUCUUGUCCUUUUUCAGAUUACUGUCCAAGUUUGUGUUAAUUUUCUUUGCACAAAAGAGUUGCUUCUAAAAACAGAUUAUAGUAGUUUCAGUGUGGGGUGAAUGACAUAACAUAGUUCCAGUGUGACCCUCUUGGAAUGCAACUUGGCGUAUGCUAAGGACCAUGAAAAUGUAUCUAAGCUUUGUCAUUAUUGUUAUGGGAAACUGAGAUAUGCAUUUUUCAUAAGAUGUCCCUAGAUCAAUUUCAUCUAUGUUACAAUGCCUAGGUAAAAUGAGAAAGAGAAGUAAAGCUUCCUUUCUGUAUAUGGUUCUGUAUUGUUACAGGUAGCUAGUUUUUUGUAGUUUUACUUUGUUGUUGUGGUUCUCAAAAAUCAGCCUUUCUUCAUUUGACUGGUAUUAUGCAGGUAACAGUCUUACAGGCUACAUGUAAUUUGCACAAUGCAGUUUUUGCUUCUGUGAUUGCAGCUUGCUGGUGAUGCAAAAUUGUGUGCACCUGUGUUCUUCAUUUAGCAGAGGCAACGUAGUGCAGGUUUAAAGGCAAGAUAAGUUUUAAUGGACUUUUUCUUUAAGAUUCAUUUUUUUUUUUUAAGUGAGGAAAAAGCUAAACCAUGAACCUGUCAUUGUGACUGUAAUAUAGAAAGAUUUUAAGGCCAUAUGCUACAUGUUUCAAAGAGUAUUUAGUUGUUCUUGUAUUGUGUAAUACCAGAUUGUAAUAUUUUCUGAGCAAGUAGGACAAAAAAAAGUAGCUAUUACUGUAAUACUUACCAAACAACUUAUGUUCAAAUGUAAGCUGUGGCCUAAAAUUAGGCCUUUGAUAUUUCAAGGUAAUAAAAUGGUUUUCAGAAACAAA